AUGGUGCCGGUGCCGGAUUCUCCCUACGGCAGCGCCGAGCUCCCCGCCUGGGGCUGCGGCCCCCCGGAGCCUCCCGCCGAUGGCCCCGCCGUGGGGCGGCCCCACGGGACCGGGCACCCCCCGCCACAGGCUCYGGGCAUGCCUGUCCCGCAGUAUCCGUACGGAGAAGCCGCCGCCGGAGCUGCCCCGCAGGGCCCCGCGCUGCAGCCCUGGCUCCAGGAGGAUCCGUGGGCUCCGUGCGCAGCCUACGGGAUGCAGCCGCACUACCCGGCACACGGCAAUCCCUGCCUAUCCAACUCCCAUCCGUCCUGGAGCGGCAGCGGGAUCCCUCCUUGUCCUCUCUCGCACGACUCGAAGGAUUCUGCUUAUGAGAAGCCGGAGCAGAGCGGCGCAAAYCCGCCCGGCUGCUAUCCCGGUGCCAACCACCGGCACGUGGGCACGAUGAGCGAGCAGGAGCUAAAUCCGUUGGCCGCCAAAGCGGCCCCGUCCGCCCCCAAAGUGCAGUACAGUGCCCAGCCCCACAUGUACGGCGCUCGGAAGCCUCUGGAGGGCACCCGGGAGGCAGGGGGUAGAGCUGGGACCCCGUCCUCCACCAAUCCCGCAGCCAUCCCGCCCGAGAUCCAGAGAAUCCGGCACGUUGCGGAGGAGGCUGAGCAGCUGGAGCAAGAGGUGGAUGAAUUUGUAGGGAAAAAGACAGAAAAAUCCUACUGUCUUCUGGAGGAGAUGCUGACCAAGUUGCUGCUGGAGCUGGAUUCCGUAGAGACUGGUGGUCAGGACGGCGUUCGGCAGGCUAGGAAGGAAGCUGUCCAUCGAAUUCAGGCCAUGCUGGAAAAACUGGAACGAAAGGGCUUGUGAAAACGCAUGGGGCACAACGCACAGCCUGGCCUCGAGGCCCCAGGAGUUGGAGUUGUGUGAAAUCUCCGCUCUUAAGCACCCCUGACAGUGAAAAAAGCAAUAAACGGUCACUCGGAAACACACAAAAAUUGGAAAAUAAAUUGCCCGUGGACAAGUGAAGAGAGGAUGGAAGCAGCAGCCGGGCUUGGGGUGCAGGCAGUGGAAAAGCGGCGCCGAUGGAAGUUCUCUACCGCUGUAGAGGCCUCCRUGGGUUUCCACGUGCUUUUCAUCAGCAGGAGGAAAAUCGCUGUACGGAACAAAACUUCCCAACACCCGGCCCAAUCCAUAGGUACCUGCCGGAGCCGCAACGGUUCUCCCAACAGCAGGAAGGCCUCGGAUUCUGUCGGGACGGCUUAGCGGUGAUGUUGGGGCCCGGGAUGCGGCUGCCCCGGGCUCCCUUGGCUUGUUAGGACCAACGGGAGCGCCGGGAAGGGACCACGGUGGCCGGCCGGCCCUGCUGCUGUCACACGGCCUCCCCUCCGCCGUGAGGAGCUGCUCCAGGGCGGCCCGUAUGGAAACGGGACUGCAGCUCCGGCACRGAGAGAGACCGGCAUCAACGGGAGCGACGUGAGAGAGCGGCCCUGGACAGCAGGGUGCUUGGGAAGGUUUUGCCACUGGAAUUCCACACUUUAGUUGCAACCUCCGUUGUGUCCCGCAAACACCCUGCUCGCCGGCUCCGUGACGCGAGCCGUUAGCGACGAGAUAAUAAACCCCGACCACUUUUAAAUGUC